UGGGGUUAUCCGUGUGCUGUCGACGUGCGCUAAAGCAGUCUCAAAGUGUGUGUGUGGGCAGCCCUUCUUCUUCUCCUGCUCUCUCUGUCUCUCUCUCUCCCUUUAUGUAUAUGUGUGUGCACAUUGCAGUGGUGCAACAAUAGCCAGCUGCGGGCUGUGUGUACAUUCAGCCGCUGGGUGUCCUCACUGUAGGCUGGGCUGUCCGUGUUUUCCGGAAGAGAGGGUGUGACACAUGGGACACAUCUCAGGUCAGCAGCUGAUCUGCAACACUUCUCGCUACGGGAUCCUGGACGUGUCUGACGCCUCUCUGAGUCUGUGUUGAUGAUCAGCUGUGAGCAGAGUGAACCAAACAGCGUCCAUCCCUCCGGAUCUCUGUGACUGGACCGCUCCAAGGGGCUCACACACGCCCGAGCACUCAUUUGGCUCUGGAGGGACGCUGAACGUUGUGACCGGAGGCUGGACCAGGUCACGUUGAUGCUGGUGGGUGCUUCCAAAUACUCUCCCCGCCACCUGCUCCUGUGCCACUCCAACCUCUCCGCCCGCCAUGGCUAUGAGCAGUGACUCUGGCAGUGAGAGGCUGGACCCUGACACCAAGGAGCAGACUGGCAGCCUCACGGACAUCAUGGCUGCCAUGACGACGAAAGACUCAGAUGGCUCAGCUACCAACGGCAUGAGGAAUGGCGGGGCUCAGCCGGAUGGGGCUCAGGCCAAGAGGAUUCAUGCGUUGCGGCCUCACCUGACUGGGAGGAAGUUCUCGCUGCAGGAGAGAGGCACUUACAUGUCAGGUUCUGGAGGAGGAUACACACACAUAUCCCCUCGUGUGGCUCGCAGGCCCACCGUGGAGUCUAAACGUGUGUCCAUAUCAGACGCUAAUGACUGUAUCCAGUUGAACCAGUAUAAGCUGAAGAGUGAGAUUGGAAAGGGCUCCUACGGUGUGGUCAAACUCGCCUACAAUGAGGACGAUGACAAACAUUAUGCCAUGAAGGUGGUGUCCAAGAAGAAGUUAAUGAAGCAGUAUGGUUUUCCACGUCGCCCGCCCCCAAGGGGACCCAAAGCAGCUCAGGGAGAGCAGCCCAAAAUCUUAGGACCCCUGGAGAGGGUCUAUCAGGAGAUUGCCAUUCUCAAAAAACUGGACCAUGUCAACAUUGUCAAGCUGGUGGAGGUUCUGGAUGAUCCGGCGGAGGACAACCUUCACAUGGUGUUUGAGCUGAUGCGUAAAGGUCCAGUGAUGGAAGUGCCCUCGGACAACCCUCUGUCAGAGGAGCAGGCAAGAUUAUACUUCAGAGAUGUCAUCCUGGGCAUAGAGUACUUGCACUACCAGAAGAUCGUCCACCGAGACAUCAAGCCUUCUAACUUGCUGCUGGGAGAUGACGGCCAUGUGAAAAUAGCAGACUUUGGGGUCAGCAACCAGUUUGAGGGCAACGAUGCUCUGCUGUCCAGCACUGCUGGCACUCCUGCAUUCAUGGCACCAGAGACCCUUUCAGAUGCACGAAAGAGCUUCAGUGGAAAAGCGCUGGACGUGUGGGCCAUGGGAGUCACUCUCUACUGUUUCGUCUUUGGGAAGUGCCCAUUUAUUGACGAGUACAUAUUGGCUUUGCACAAUAAGAUAAGGACCAAGCUUGUGGAUUUCCCAGAAACACCAAAGAUCAGUGAAGAGCUGCGGACUCUGAUCUUGCGGAUGCUGGACAAGAACCCAGACACCAGGAUCACCCUCCCUGAGAUAAAGAUGGACCAGUGGGUGACCCAGGGAGGCACUGACCCCUUGCCUCUGGAGGAAGAGCACUGCUCUGUGGUGGAGGUGACAGAGGAGGACAUCCAGAACUCAGUCAAGUUCGUUCCCAGCCUCUCUGCAGUGAUUUUGGUAAGAGCCAUGCUGAGGAAGCGCUCCUUCAGUAACCCCUUUGAGUGUCCGAGCAGGAGAGAGGAGAGGUCCAUGUCGGCACCUGGUAGCCUGCUCAUGGACUCGUGGCCUUUCCGGCCCACUUUAAAACUUCACCCCUCACUCAGAAAGAGCAGCACAGGGGAUGGACCCAGAGAAGGAGAGCUGGAGGACCUGCAUGAAGACGAGCCGUCCUCUUGAGUCUUACGACUCUCCCGUCAGCAGAGCUUUGUCUUAAACGCCAUCCUUUUUACAUCCCUCUGCUUGAACCACUGUGUGCUCACCCUUUCAUCCACGCAUUUCCUUCAAAUCAAUGAUGCACUGCAGAUGCAUUGUUCUAAACACUGGAGAGACUUUUAAAUCUGCUCUAUUGCUUGUAAUGAGUAACUUCAGUAUUUUUCAACAUGGACCCUAUUUUCCCAUGUUUUUGUGUCCAAGUGACUAAUAGGACUUAUAGCAUGUUUGGGCAAUCAAUGUACCUCCACUAAAAUCGCUUAUUUUUGCCAUUGACAGGGUCAGAUUGUUAUUCUUUUGCCUUGUUUCCACCAACCAGUCCGGUUCACUUCAGUUCUGUUUUCUACACAUUAGAAGAGUUUCCACUGUCAAAAGUUGUUCAUGGUACCAAAAGAGACGCUCCACAUCUCUGCUGGUAGUUCAAGAGAGAAUCGCCAGCUCUUGCUCGACAAGGACUCAGUGCACAAACCAAUCAAUGCGACGGAGACUGUAAACACUCCAACCUGUUUUUUUAGCUCUGAAAAUGUCACCGAGGUGCAAACAUUCUUCUGCAUCGUCAGUGAAGUGAAAAUACAGUAAGAGUGGUAAAAACCCUGUCUGUAUUUAAGAGUCCUGUCUGCAGUGGAAAUGCUAUAGGGUUUAGGUACAUGUCCAUACGGGUUACAUACCGGUUCUAAAGGUACUAUACUGACAGUGUUUGGUGGAAAUGCGGCUUAAGUGCCUGACAACGUUAUGGAAAGGAUCCCUACAAAGAUAAACCUUUUUGUCAAAGAGUCAAAUCUUUUGGUUUAACCAGAAACAGCCCCAAAAUUUGCUACCACCAAACACCACCAAACAAAAGCUUCAUUCAAGGUCGACAAAAAGCGUCUUGGGUUGUUCUUGCACUGUUCCAACAAUCACAAACUCUUGGUUGGUUGAAAUGAACCCUUAAUUCACCCUGCUUUAGUGAGUUUUUAUUGUGUCUCUGUCGACUUUGAAUAAGCUGUGUUUUACGAUGAUAAAAUUACCGUUUGGGUUUAGUGAUGGUGAUUUUGGGGCUGUUUCUGGUUUAGCAAAAAAGAUCUUACUCUUCAGAAAGGUCUAUCUCUGUAGGGAUCCCUUCCAUUAUGUUAUUAGGCACUUAGAAUAACAGUUUGAGCCUGUAUUUGGCAAAAACAAGCUCUUUCAGUGGAUGUAUAUGUAUAUAAGAACAUCCCGCGAGUGGUUACACUGCAGCCUGGUUCAAAAAUAUUGUUUCCAUUAGUCACUUAGACACAAAAACAUGGGGAAAUAAGGUCCAGGUUGAAAUAUAUCAAAGUUACCCUUUGACUUUCAGACUUUUAUGCUCAGGCUUGCUUCCGUUUUUUGCUUCCUGUCAGCAUCAGAGAACUUUUCUCAGCCCAAUUUCCCAUUCUCAUUCUCUAAUGUUGACUCUCUGGGCUCUAAGUUUGCUCUACAACGCUACUUAUCUUAACUACUCAACCUCUUACUGUUGUGACUGGCACCAGUGAACCGAUGAGAGGAACUCUGCCGCCUUUCUGGAUCAUUAACAGUUCAAAUUAUUGUUGUGGGAGAAAGGCACGACCAUGUUUGUCAGCUGGUAUUACACUGUAAUGUGGGAAAAAAAAAACUGUCAAACUUUUUCUUUCUUUCUUUCUUUUUUUUUUUACACGUCUGCAUGGAUGAAUAGUUGAGUGUCAUCAUCAGGCUGUCAGUGGCCACCUGUCACAGUCAUAACCAGCCUGACGAAGAGAAUAAUCAUCACAGACUUCAGCAUGGAAAUGACACUGUAUCGCCUCCUUGGUGAACUACAGGGCUUUUUUGUUUCUGAUCAGUGAUCAGUUGUUUUAUUAUUGUACAUAGAUGUCUUGAAGUGUCAUCAGUGUUAUUGUCUCACAGCCCGAUUCUUGUAUCUGUGCCAUUAGCUUUUACUUUGGCGCUGUGAGACAAAGGUCGAGGUCCUUCCUGUGUUGCCUUGUUGAACUUCCCUAUCAAAGGGUGACCACACGGAAGGGACGGUGACUUUGCCGCGCUCGAACACAUUUCAAAGUGACUUUCAUCACUGUGUAAUGUGUAAUUAUUUCUGUGAUAGAAGUCAUUUCACGCUUCCUCACCCCUACUUUUUUUGUCUGAUGAUUUUUGUUCUCUAACACUGUCUCUUUCCUUUCUUAUCAAACUGCGCUGUUUGAUUUGAUGUGAAGUAAUUGUAAAAGAAAUUUGGAGGUGUACGUUGUUGGAUGGUGAGUGUGCACAGACUGAUAUAAUUCCCCUCACAAAUUAGAAAUUUUUAUUAUGCAAUAUUCUUGGACGCAGAGCGGGAAUCAUCUCACUGUCAAAGUACAACAUCAGUGAGCACUUUUAGAAGUUAUCCAGGAUAAGGGACUGUACACAAAUUACUAAGGCUGUCAGAAAAAGGGCACUGUUAUGUAUGUUGUCCUUUUGCAGAGGGAAGGUUAGCUUGCCUUUUUUGGAGGAACAGAGUAGGGCUUUUUAUUUUCUAACAUAGCAAAUUUAUAUUUCAGUAUUCCCUUGCAGAAUUCAUAAAAAAGGAAAUAAAAUUGAUGCCUCUGGUGUGCACAGUGGCUCAUAAAGAUGUACUUCACCACAUGCAAAGGACAAAAAUCGUGUGCUUUAUGCUAUAUUUAAGAUUUGGGAUUUUAGGUUUUCAUAUUAUAUCUCAUUGUAAAUAAGACAAGAAAGAUCCAUUAUUUUGCUGUUGGGUGAACUUGAAUGUAAAGGAAAUUCAAGCAUUUUAGAAACAUGUAAAUUGACUGCAUUUUCUGUGAAAACUACAUGAAUUGAUUUAAUGGUAUGGCCCACAACAGAUGUUGUUUUGUGCUUAUUAUGUUUAAAGUUUUUAAAAUGUGGCUACAGAUUUGACAAAAGGGUGUUAGUGAUUGUAAAAUUCACUUUAAAUUUAUGUGUUAGCAGCAAUUGUGAAAAGUAUUCUCACAUAAAUAUAUGAAUUUUAUAGAUACAUGAAAGUAUGUUUGUGAAAUUUAAAUACAGUGGAUUAUAAAUUACAUUAACAGCACUUCAAAUUCUUGAUAAGUCAAGGGUAGGGCCCAAAAAUAUAUUAAUACUGCAGGGAAAGGUCGUGCAAUUUAAAAAAAAAAAAAAAAAAAAAAAAUGUAAGAUCUAAUCUGGCUCGCUGCUUAAGUAAUUUUUGGACAGUCCCUAACUAGUUUGCCUGGCUGAGGUUUUGAAGCUAGCAGUGUAUGUUAGUGAAGCUCGGUAUGCUAGUUAGUCCUGUAAGAUGCAAAUGUUGCAGAUGACUGAAAUGAACGUUGUAUUCAAGGUGGUUGGUGAACUUAAAAAAGGGACAGAUCUGUGGUUUGUUUUGUCUCUGCCGACUCAAAUCUAUGAGAACAUCUCAGCCUCCACAUGAGCUCUGCUUCAGAUCCAUGUUUCUAUCACUCCAUUUGGAUUCUUUCCUUUGGUCUGGGUUGUUGCCCCUCUGAAGGAAGGCGUGUUUGGUUGGCAGAGAGCUCUAAUCACUUGAACUGCAGUGAAAGGGAGCAUUUCAGUGUCAUGAUUAGGCCCAGGCUGCCAACAACAACACUCCACCAUCCACUUCAGUGCCGUCCCCAGUGUGGCUGAUUAAAAACGGGGAGUGCAGCACUUUGCAUUUCCUCCAUUAAUCUUGGCCUCAGUGUCCUGCAGUGAAGGAUGCAAACUAAAGCACAGAGAACAGAGAGGGAUCCACAGGAUCUGAAUGGAAAAGCUUUUCACAUCUUGUUAUUAAGCCCGUGUUUUUAUGGAGUCAUGUUCAGAGGCAGGGACAUUGUGUGUAAACAUCAUGGAUUCUGUUGACAUUAGGAUGUCAACUUUGUUAUCAUGUGGCAAUGUAAAGCUUUAUAUCUUUUUAUUUUAUUUCUCUGUUAAAGAGUUGGUAAUUUGUAUAGGAUAAAUAAAUAACUUAAUGUCUAGGUGUCUGAAAUGUUUUAUACCAGCCUAGGCACCAGAGUAAAUGUUGUCAUUGGUCAUUUCUGCAAACCACAGAUACAUUACAUUUGUAUGUUUCAUACGUAUCAUGUCAACAUAACUAAAAUGACCAUACAACAGCAGCAGACGUGUUCGAGACCAAAAGACAGCAACCAGUUUUUUUUUGUUUGUUAUUUUUGGCGACGCAUCUGAGAACUUCUGCCGUGUUUGUGGUGACAAAGACUGGUAUUUUUAACGACAUUUCCGGUUGAAUUUGUGGCAACAAAAGCAGUUGUUUCUUAGUGACCAAUUGGGACAUUUAGAGCUAUGUUUGUGGCCACAAAAGUGGGUGUUUUUAACAAGAUGUCAGGACAUUUCCAGCUGUGUUUGGUGCAACAAAACUGUUUUUUUUUAACAAUAUGUGGCAACAUUUCCGGUUGAGUUUGUGGCACAAAACCGGGUAUUUUUUAACGAUACGUCGGGACAUCUUCCAGCCGUGUUUAUUGCAACAAAACUGCCUAUGUUUUGACAACAUGUCAGAACAUUUCCUCUGGGGUUGUGGCAACAAAACGGGGUAUUUUUUAAUGUUGGGACAUCUUCCAGCCGUUCGUUGCAACAAAACUGUGCAUCUAUUACAGAAAUGUCAGGACAUUUUCAGCCUUGUUUGUGGCAACAGAACCAGGCAUUUUUUGACGAUAUAUAAGAACAUUUUUGUGGUGACCAAACUGCGGAUUUUUUAACAAUACGUCACGACAUCUUCCAGCUGUGUUUGUUGCAACAAAACUGCGAAUUUAUUAACAACAUGUCAGAACAUUUCUGCUGGGGUUGUGGCAGCAGAACUGGGUAUUUUUUAAGGAUAUGUCGGGACAUCUACCAGCUGUGUUUGUUGCAAUAAAACUCCAUAUCUAUUACAGAAGUGUCAGGACAUUUUCAGCCAUGUUUGUGGCAACAGAACCGGGCAUUUUUUGACGAUAUAUAAGAACAUUUUCGGAUAAGUUUGUGGCGACCAGUUCGCGGAUUUUUUAACGAUACAUCCGGACAUCUUCCAGCUGUGUUUGUUGCAACAAAACUGCAAAUCUAUUAACAAAAUGUUAGGACGUUUUCAGCCAUGUUUGUGCCAACAAAAACACAUUCUUUGACAAUACGUAGGAAUAUUUCCGCUGGGGUUGUGGCAACAAAACUGCACAUUUUUAAACAACAUCUCGGAAUAUUUCCAAUGUGGAUUUUGCACCUAGCCUAAUCACAUUAACCACAGUGUUGUCACAACAUAAAUUUGACACAUCCGCUACAUAUGAAAUGAACAAAUCUAACAUAUCCAUGGUUUGCAGAAGCGUACAGUGCCAACAUUUAUUCUGGCGACCAGGUGUAUGCAGUUUGAAAUAAGGCUCAUUUAUUUAAUAAUGUUUUUCUCUUGUGUUUGUUCCUUCUCUCUGCUGAGGAUGGUGCAGGUGAGAGGAGGCACUGAGGUCCGUUUGCAGGGAAGCCUUCAAUGAAGGGCUGUUUGAACCAAAAAGUAUGAAAUUGUGUGCUCUAUCUUAUUUACGUAAAAGGGUUUAUGAGAUUUGGUUUUUGUUUUUUUUUUUACUAGGUGUUGCCAGCUUUUUAUUUGUGUGUUUGUACAGACAUUUGUCUUGUCAGAGGUGCAAUAUUGUUGUUGUCUUUAUCAUUGGUGCAUUAUUGGCAUUCCCCUGCUGUCAGAGCAGGCUGCUCAUCAUUUGAACUGUAUUUUAUUAGUUGGAAAGAAAAAUACUGCUUCUAUUUAAAUAUUUGCACUUUUCCACAUUCAGAUAUUAAAGUAAUUGAAUAUUAAAAGUUAUAACACUACUGGUAGCUGCCAGCCAUUUCACAUUGUACAGUUCAUGAUCAAGGAAGAAACUGUAUGCUUCACCUGUAAAAGAGCAUAUUUACUGUGUAUCGUAUGUUCUCACAGUCUCCUGCGCUUUUGAUAUCGAUCUGCAUGUCACAGCGUUGCUACUUGGUUUUUGAGAAUUUUUAUAAACUCAAGUAUGUUUCCAGUAACUUAUUCUCCUGUCUGUGUCAGAACGCUGUAACAGCUGCAGUAACAAGAUGCUGUGCAUAUCCAUGUAACAACAGAAUUGUGAAUGUUGUGUAACUGGGACUUCUUUUACUGCUGAAAAGAUGCAUAAUGUUAAAACACUGUUGACCCCAUUAUGAGCAGGGCCCAGAGCGCAGAAGCAGCUUUAUGUUCAAAGAUCUUCUUCACAGACACAGUGAUGGAUGAUCACUAGCUGUCCUCGAAGAUGAAACAUUUAAUCCUCUGAUUAUAUGACUACUCCAAAAAUUGAAUGAUGGGCAAAGGAAGAACUUUUUGGUGCAGGUUACAUCACCAUGUGGCUAUUUUUUAUUCUUGUUUUUUUACUGAUAUCUUAUUCCAGAUUUGUCAAUCAAUCCAUAUACAGUAGGCCACACCCAUUCCCUACAUACCUGCAGAGAUUUCCAACCACUCAGGUGACACAUUUUUGCCAGCCUUCUCUAAAUUUCAUACAUUUUUUUAAAAAAAAAUGUCUUUUUAAUGUUUAUCUAAACAUUUAAAUAUCUGCACACAUUGCAUCAACUCUGAUUGAGCCCAAUGUAAUUAAUUGAAUUUUGCCUAAAGCUGGUACUACAGCCAACCCAGUUACCAAAAAACAAAAAUAUUGGCAAUGUACAUUUCUGCAAACCAUGUUACGUUGGUACGUUAUUAUGUAGCGCAGUGGUUCCCAACUGGUGGGUCGUGUGUCCAUUCUGAAUGGACCACAGGUAUCAACUUUGUAAAAAUCACAUUUUAUUUUUAAGUACAGUGAAUUUCCAGCACAGAGCUUUUAUUCUGAAGUGCUGAUUCCUGCUGUAGUGAAUACCAAACAGCUACUUGACAGAGACAGCAAACUAGCUUGAGAAAUGGCCAAACGCAAGUAUGACGCUAAAUAUAUUUAACUGUGUGGACCGUGAACUAAUGACUAAGGAGAAAUCUGGACCCUGUGGCUGAACCACUUGGGAACCACUGAUGUAGCAGAUAUUUUGAAACUUAACAUUUUAAAAAUGCUGUGCUUCAUGUGUUGUGAGGUUUAGACACAGUUAUCACUUGGUUAUGGUUAGAAAAAGAUCAUGUUUUGGCUUAAAAUAUCUAGCUCUGGGAGAACAAUCUCUAGAAAAGCAGUGAUAUCUUGAUAAAAAUCAGCCACUUUUCAUGGCACUAUCCAAGAGGUCAAAAAAAAAACAAACAAAAAAAACGGCAACUGGACACUAAAAACACCUGGUUUUUGUGGCACAAUCCCAGCUGUAAAAACGGCGAGGGGGUAGUAAAGACAACCAGUCUGGGGGCUGAAAGCUGCAGGAACAUCAGCAACAGGUCCAUAUGUAUACAGUAUGUUCUGACGAGGCUGCGUUUACUGCGUGGUUAGGUUUCGGCACAAAAAUCACUUGGUUACGGUGAGGAAAUAAAUUAUGUUUCAGCUGAAAGUACCUGGUUUUGGCUGCACAAUCCCCACUAGUGAAGCAAAGAAAAAAAACAACCCUUUAUCGUGACACUAUUUACCAAGUCGAUACAAAACACCCAUGUUUAGGGGCUGAAAAGCCACAAGAAAGACAGCAAUGACAGAAAGUUUUAGUUUGUUGAUCUUGAACAGUGGUCUGCAGCUUGGCAGGCGUCUCGCCAAGGUGUUACACUAACCACCAUCCCUCCACCUUAAGAUGACAAAGUCAGCUCAUAUACUACGUCGCUUCAGAAACGUUUAUAUGAUACAAAUAAAACGUAGAAAUGUAACGUAUCCGUGGUUUGCAGAAACGUACAAUGCCAAUGUUUUCUUUUGGCAAUUGGGCUGCUACAGAACAUGAUACCUCGAAAUGGCCAUAACUUAGUGGUCUCAUGUGACUCUCUUUCAGUGCUGCACACAUCCUGGGAUGGAUCCCUAAUGCAGACUCACAGUUACACAGUAACUGUCAUUAUUUGGAUGCAGUUCUGGAUCCAGAUACAUAUGAAAUACAAAAAUAAAAUUUUACAGCUUUGGCAGAGGUUAAAUGCUUUCUAGCGUAGUGUUGUUACUUUAGUCACAGCACAGGAAGUGAGUGACAGGAAUAAUAUUUCAUGAUUUCAGGUCAUAACUGAGUGAGUUUGUACAUAAUGCUAAUGUUGGUUUGCAGCUGUGUUUUUCAUGUGACAGUCCUGCUGUCUCUGUGUCUCGUGUUGUCUCGUGCAUUUCUCUGAAUGUACUCACUCGCCUGCGUCGCUCUUACGAAAACAGAAGCAUGGCACACCCCUAUGGAAUGCAGUUGUUGCAAUGUAAAUAUGUACCAAUAUAUAUAAAGAAGCUAUUUUUUG